AUGGAAAUGUUAUGUGAAAAAUUUUACCUGCAAAACAACACUUGUUUACCACUUGAUGAUUUGUUGAAUUUUACAUCGAAAAUUAUCAGUAGCCCAAUUUAUGAUAUCAUCUUGUUUAAAUAUCUUCAUCAAUUAUUCUAUAAAGUUCUACUAUCAAAUAGUAUCGACGAUAAAAUUUGUGUAAUUGAAUUCAUUUCUUUUGUCAUAUUGAAGAAAAAACCAAGACCAAUAUUGGGAAAUGAAUUGGAAAAGAUCCAGAAAUAUUCUUUGGAUUUUGGUGAAAAUAAUCAAAUGGUCAUUGAAAAUUUAUGUCAAAUGAUAAAAUGCAACAAAAGCGAUAAUCUUCAAAUAGUGUAUUCUUGUCUAACAAUUUUGUCCAGUAUCGUUAAAUUCAAUUCCAUCUGUGAUGAUGAUUUUAUCCAUGAAAAUAUUGUCAAUAUCAUUGAAUCACCAUUGUCACGAUCGUUUCAAUUUGAAGAUUCGAAUAUUUAUGCUGAAUUAUUGUAUGAAACAAUAAUUUUUGCCAUUCUAAAUUCACAUCAAAAUUCACCAAUUACAAGAUUUAAUUUAAAAAUGUUCACUACGUUUCUAAGUGCAAAUCCCAAUUGUACACGAGUCUUACAAGCAUUGGAUUUAUUCGUUAGUUACAAUAAAUCUACCACAUCAAAAGAUUUCCGCCAAGAAUUGAAUGCUGAAUUUUCGAAUCUUUAUCCAUUACUUGAACAUAAUCUUUCGUCGCCACGCCGAUUGAAUCGUCUGGUUUGUCUCCAUCUGUUGACAUUGUUUGAUUGUUUAUCUGUGCCCAUCACUGAAGAAAAUCCUAAAGCUAUUUCUGUGUUUCAAAUAUGUUUGAAUGCAGAAUUUGUACCAGUUGAUCUGGAAAACUAUCGAGAACGUUUGCGAUUAAUUUGGAAAUUGGAUUCAACUUAUAUAUCGCUGUAUCUACCGCAACCAUUGGACGAUAUUAAAUUCGAUAUGGCACCUGUUUGUUUUCUUUUUGGAACUUUGUAUGAAAAUUUAAGUGUAUUAUGGAAACCAAUCGUAGAAGUUAUCGAAACUUAUGCCAAACAAAAUUCGGAUAAACCGAAUAGAUUUCUAGAAGUUUUGUUUAAUCAUUUUCGACAAAUUUUAGUACUUAUCAAAGCAUCUCGAUUGAAAUCGGAUUGUUUAUGGAGUUCAAGAACGAAAAUUGCAAUUGAAUUUAUCGAAAAAUCAAACAUUUUUGCCCUGGAUCAUUUGAAUCAUCGAUUGUGGUUGCUGAAGUGUUUUGAACGAUUCCCAAAUCUUAUCGAACGAAAGAAUGCCGAAUUUGUUGAUCUUUUUUUCCGAUUUUUAUCCGAAGAAUUUGAUGAUCAUUAUAUUUGUCGUACUAAUAGCCGUGAAAAUAUUUCUUCCAACACUUCAUCUGACAUGAGUGGCGAAAACAAAUCGUUGAGAAAAAUGGAAAAUUCCAAAAUGACUUGGAAGACAUUUUUUGCUUUUCUGGAUGUGUUUGAAAAAUUCAAAAAUCCAAAAGCCAUACAUAAAGAACCUCAAUUGAAUCAAAUUUAUCUAGAUCUUUUGUCAUCACCAAAUUCACAAUGUCAAAAACAUGCAUUCAAUUGUCUACUAACAUAUAACCAAUCACAUUUGACCAAAUAUCGUGAAAAUUUUUUACAAUUAAUCGAUGAUAAAUCCUUUGUUUCGGAGAUAAAUUCAUUCAUGUUUCGUGAAAAUGUUGAUGAUAAUGUUAUUGUUGUUGAAGAUCGGCCAAAAGUUGUACCAGUGUUUCUACGAAUCCUUAUCGGUAAAAUGAUUGCUUCGGCCGGCACUAAAACACAUGGUAAAAGCAAAGUCGAUUUUGUUCGUUCAUUGAUCAUGAAGAUUUUAUCGAAUUUUAACGCUGACCAACAGAUAAUGUUUAUGGAUUUUGUUUAUGCAUCAAUAAAUCCAUUAUUGCAAACUGAUUAUUGUGAUUUAUUGGAAAAAAUCAACAAAGAAUUUGUCAACGUUGAAUCAUUCAUUCCAUUCAAACAUUUUCAAUCAUUUAUAACGACUUUGGAAUUUUUGAUGAAACAUUUUGGCAAUCGAUCUACCAUGGUCAUGCAAUACAUGUUUAAAAUUUUAUUGAUUUGUUCAUCAAUUUGUUCACAACUUUUAUCUAUUCAAAAUCGUUCAAAAAUCAAAGAAUAUAUUGUCGAUCAAUUGAAAAUAUUCCGUACUAAUUGUUUCAAAGUGGCUGAAUAUUUUUUCAACAAUUUUCUAACUUAUCCAUUUGAACCGAUUGAAAUUGAUUUACUAUUCGAAUCAUUGAUUCGACCACUUGUUGGAAAUAUUUCUACCGAAAGUCAAAAUUAUCCCUCACCAUUGUUACGAUUGUUCAAUGUUUGGAGUGAAAAUCCACGUUAUUUUAUUUUAUUAAUCAAACAUUUUGAUUCAGAAAAAGAUUCAACACCACUCGUGUCAAUUAUACAAUUAUUCAAGAAUCCAAAACUAUCACAAAUGACCAUUGGAUUUAUUGUGAAAUUGAUUGAAAAUCUAUUGAUUGCUGAUGAACCAAUCACACGAUUAAAUAUUAACAAUUUUGACCACCUGAUUCCAAGUGGUGAACAAUCUAUCAAUUUUGGUUCCUUGAUAUUGAUACCACACAUCAAAGAUAUUAUCGAACGGAUAAAAUUAAAUUAUCAUUCGAAAAGUAAUCCAAAAUUUUCAUUACAAGAAAUCAAUAUAUUGGCACGUCUUAGUCUUCAUGUGACCGAUGCUAUGGAUUCACAUACAAUCAUGAUGUUAUUGAUUCGAUCAAUAUCUCGUAAAAAACGACCUGAAGAAGAUAAGGAGAUUUUCAUUCUUAAAAUAUUAUCUCAUCUAUCACAGAAUUUAUCUGACGAAAGUUUUGAAAUUAUUCUCAAUUCAUCUUAUGAUCUUUUCACUUUGGUACAGAAACCGAUGCCAAGAAAAGAAUUGACCAGCAACUAUCUAUUGAAUUUGAGCAAAAAUAAUGAAUCCUUCAUACCAUUUGCUCAAAUGAUUAGUGAUCUGAAUUCUUUCAAUCCAAAAUAUCCUGAAGAACCAGAUUAUGAUUGUAGAAUUUCUGCAUUCAAUAAAAUUAACAAUUAUAUAGAUAGUAUAUGCGAAAAUCCAACCAGAUUAUCAUCAACACAGCUUAAAUUUAUUGAUUUAUUACUACUGAAUUGUGCAUUCUUUCUCAAUACAUUCGAUGAUCUGAGCAUACGAGAAUCAUCAUCUGCAGUCAUAAUGAAAAUUACAUUAUUAUUCAGAAUUCAUCCUUUAACCGAUUUAUACAAUAAAUAUGUCAUCGAUAUGAUAUUAUUGAAAAUCAUUCCGGAUGGAAUUCGAAAUCCAAAAGAAUCAGCUUCAAUUGAAUUUAUAGGCAUAUUGGUGGACAUUAUUCGUACACCUUCUUCAUCAUCAUCAUCAUCUUUGUUGAAUAACAUUUAUAUUGAUCAAUUACUAUCAUUAUGUAAUAAUGAUGAUGAAGAACUAGAUUUUUGGCAAAACAUUCGCCACAUUCAAUUACAUCGUCGUGCCCGUGCAUUGAAUCGUUUGUUACAGAAUAAAUCAUUACUUGAAUCGCUUUCUAGCUGUGUUUAUUCGAAUUUUUUAAUACCAAUUGUUGAGAAUCAAAUCAUCUAUUCAUCAUCUUCUUCUGGUGGUGGCCAACAAACAAAUGUUGGAUUAUUUAACACUUCUGUUGAAUCAUUGGCAACAUUUUUACAAUAUUGUUCAUGGUCCAAAUAUGAUGCCAUAUUAUCUCGACAUGUGAAUAAUUUAUUAUCACCAUUACCACCACCACCACCACCGUCAACGACAACAUCAGCAGCAGCAGCAACAUUGGCAAACAAAAAGAAUGUCGUUGAUCCAAAAAUUUCAAUCAAAAUUAUAUCAGCUUUAUUGGAAAAAUUUUCAUUUCUAAAACCAGAACAUGUUUCACAUAUUGAAAAAUCAUUAAUGUCAAAUGAUUUUGAACGUAUUACAUUGGAAUAUAAUCAUCAAAAUGAUUAUCGUCGUGGUAAAUCAUUUCGAAAAUCAUUAUCUACGAAGAAAAAAAUGUCGAAUCAUAAUAAUAAUAAAAAAAAUGACAAUAAAGAACGAAUAAAGUUAAACUCUUCGAAAAAAUGUGGCAACGGCAAAGAUCAAAACGGCGACGACGACGACGACAUGAAAAAUGAAUCAUUUGAUGCAAUUAUUACCACUCCCAAUAAUGUUGAUCAUGGUGAUGAUAAGAUGAUGACGGGUUCGGAAAAUUUUUCAAACGAUAAAUGCAACAACAUUGUCGAUGAUGAUAAUGAUGAUCAUGAUGAUCAUAAUGAUGACAAGAAUGGCGAUAACAUUAUUGCUAACAACAAAAACGACAUCGAUAUUCUUUAUUACAAGAAAAUUUAUGAUUCUCUUUGUAGAAAAUUAUUACCAAUGUUGCACAGAUGUUUACAUCAACAAUCACGUAUGGAAAAUGUUCAUGAUGUGAACAAAUUUGUUGAUGAUGAUGAUGAUGAUGAUCAUAUACAAACUAUACCACUAUCAUUGGCGAUUGUUAAACUAUUAAAACAUGUACAACUGGAUCAACGUGUUUUUCUAGCCAAUUUGAAUAGUAUCAUAUUACGAUUAUGUCAAUUUUUGCAAUCAAAAGCACAUAGUAUACGUGAAUUGGCACGUAAAACAUUGGCACAGAUUCUUGAUGUAAUUGGACCGAAAUAUUUUGCCAAUAUUUUUAAUGAAAUGAAAAUUUUACUAUCCAGAGGUUAUCAACGACAUGUUUUCAUAUAUACAGUGCAUGUACUUUUACAGCGAAUCAUAACGAAAUUGAAUGGUGGUGAUUUAGACAGUUGUAUGGUGGAUUUAAUUCAUGCAUGUCAUGAAGAAUUGUUUGGAUCAUUAUCAGAAGAAAAAGAAAUCUCACAAAUUGUAACGAAAACCAAAGAGGCUAAAAAAAUUAAAGCAUAUGAUAUAUAUGAAAUUAUAGCAAGAUCUACAUCAGAAUCAUCAUUACGAUCAUUGAUUGAACCAUUGAAAACAUUGUUGUUUGAUACAAAUGAUCAUAGAAAGAUGCAAAAAAUUGAAAAAGCAUUUCAUCGUAUUGGAUGUGGAUUAGUUCAUAAUGAACAUGUGUCUAUUGAAAUGUUGUUAAAAUUUUUGAAUGAAAUUUUUAUUUCAUCUUCAUUUAUCAAUUUUCAAUCGGAAAUGAAUGAUAACAACAAUGAUGAUGAUGGCAUGAUCAAUAGUAGCAAAAAACAACGAUUAAUGGUCGAUAGUUGCUUUAUAAUACCGGAAAAAUCAUUACGUCGUGUAAAUCAAUUAUCGAAAAUAAAUUCCCAUUCUCAUUGGCAUGUGGUAUUGAAUUUUGCUCUUGAAUGUUAUCUAUACAUACUCAAACAUAAUAAAUCAAUCAAAUCAUUUGGUUAUCAUGACAUUUUGAAUGAAACAUUGGGACAUUUAGAAAUGUUUUUACGAAAAUCAAAUGAUUUAAAAGUCAUAUCAUCAACAUUGAAUUGUUUAUUGUUAAUGUUGACAAAAUUCACCGACAUUGUUUCAUUUGAUCAACAUGCUGAAUCGAUAAUAUCACAAUUGUUUUUAUUAUUACAAAAAUAUUCUGGACUUGUUAACGAUGAUAAUCAACAAAUGACAACAUUGUGUUUCAAAACAAUUACACAUUUUGUCAAUAUUCGUUCUGAUUGUAAACUUUCUGAUCAACAGUUGGCCAUUUUAUUAGCAUAUGCUGAUUAUGAUAUUGAAAACAAUGGUCAAAAUAUUUCCAUUUAUAUUCUACUUAAAUCGAUUAUUGUAAGAAAAUUUAUUUCAAAAGAAGUACAUCAACUAAUGGAACGAUUGAUGGUGAUGGCGAUCAUCACCGAUAUUGAUAAUGUUCGUGAUCAUGCCAUUGAAUUGUAUGUCAAAUAUUUGACUGAUUAUCCUAUCGAUCGUAAUCGUUUGAAAGGAAAACUAAUCAAUUUGGCCAAACAAUUGGAAGUGGAUCAUGUUUCUGGACGUAAAGCGGCCAUUAUUAUGUUGAAAAAUGUGAUACAAAAUUUAUCCUGUGAUAUUUUAAACAUGGUACGUGAUCAAUUAUUUUUCAUACUAGCAUUACGAUUGAUCAAUGAAGAUUUCAUUGAAUGUUUGAAACUUGUUCAUGAAACAAUGGGAAAAUUAUUAAUGAAAAUUGAUGAAGAAAAUGUUGAUAAAUUUUUUGAACAAUUUGUCUUAUCUUGGCUACGAUCUGAUUCAUUAGCAAAACAAACACUUGGUUCAAAAAUGUUAACAUUAUAUUUGGAAAAGGAAAAAUGUGAUUUUGAAAAACGACUGUCCAGUUGUUUGUAUUUGAUUGCCGAACAGCUUGAACCGGACCACUAUGAAUCGUUGAAAUCUGGUGAAAAAACUACCGACAAUAAUGAUUUGGCAAAAGAUGAAGAUAAUCUUUUAUUUCAACAUUUUAAUUUCAUCUUUAAAUUAUUGAAAAUAGAGACGGCAAAAAAUUUAAUCAUGAAAAAUAAAUUUCAAAAUCAUAUGAACAAAAUAUUGACAAAUAUUGUUUCCACAUAUCUUCUUCAUCCACAUGUUUGGAUACGUGGUAUUUGUGUACAAAUUUUUGGCCAAAUAUUUGCCUGGUUUGAUCCAGAAUCAUUUGCACCACAAUCAGGUGUCAGUAUGAAUAUUUUGACAUUUUUUCUAUUCACAAACCCUGAGGACAAAAUGAUCAAUUUAGCUAGAAAAUUUUCGCUUAUAUUUCGUGAUAUUUAUGCCUGUCAAUUUUUGGCCGAACAAUUGAUUAAAAAUCUAAUCUACAUUGCUCGUGUGUUCAUCAUAAUGGACUAUAGUGGUCAUGGUCAUACACUGAAUAAUAAACAAAAUGGUGACGACCACUAUGGCGACGAUAUUGUUGUUGUUGUUGAACAAAUAGAAAAUAAUGAUGAAAAUAGAAAGAAACUUGAAUGGCUGGUGAAAAAAUUACUUUUCGAGACCAAAUUCGAAAUCAAAUAUAGACCAAAUGAAUGUAGAAAACGAAUUUUAUUCAUCAAAUGGUUGGCAGCGGUUUCUUUGAAACUUGGUCACGAACAUUUAAAAGAAUAUUUGCCAAUAUUUCUUCCACCAUUAUGCCGUGAAACAAUUUCAUCGUCAUCAACAUUGGUUUAUAACAAUAAUCGAUCAUCCAUAGGCAAUGAAUAUUCAUCAAUGACUGGUGCUGGUGAUGAUGGUGGUGGUGGUGGUAUUGAUGAAUUAAAGAAUCUAACUAAACAAGUAUUACAAAUGUUUCGUAACAUGGUUGGUAAUGAAUUAUUUAUUGAUCAAUAUAAUCAAUGUAGAAAUCAAAUUUCUCAUCGACGAUUAGAACGACGAAAACAGAGAGCUAUACAGGUGAUUAUUUUUGUCGAAAAAGCCGGAAUUGUUUCCAUAAAUUGAUUAAAAAAAAAAUUUUUUUUCAUUUCAUUUCGAAUCAAACAUAGAUGAUAACCAAUACUGUGGCUGGCGUUAAACGUAAACAACGUAAACAUCAAAAACGUUCACAACAAUUGAAACGUUGUCGUCGUAUUCGUCGU